CCCUGCUGUUCCCUGAAGCACCUGGGUAUCGUCCAACAGAACGACUCCCGCCGGCCUCCCUGCCCCUGGCCAUGGUCUGCUGUCGUCUGGCUCUCCUCCUAGCUGGGGCCCUCCUGGCAGUCUCCCACCCAGCCCUGACCCAGCCAGAGGCACUGCUGGUCUUCCCAGGCCAAGUGGCCCAACUUUCCUGCAUGCUCAGCCCCCGUUACGCCACCGUCGGGGACUACGGUGUGUCUUGGUAUCAGCAGCGGGCAGGCAGCGCCCCCCGCUACCUCAUCUACUAUCGCUCAGAGGAGGACUACCACCGGCCCCCGGACAUCCCUGAUCGCUUCUCAGCAGCCACAGAUAAAGCCCAUAACGCCUGCAUCCUGACCAUCAGCCCCGUGCAGCCAGAGGACGAAGCAGAUUAUUACUGCUCCGUGGGCUACGGAUUCUAGGGGUGGGAUGUGGGAUGUGGGAUGAGUGCCUCCCGUCUGCCUCCUAUUUCUGCUCCUGACCUUUCUCUGAGCCUUCAUUUCCCUCCUCCGUAAAAUGGGUUAGUAAUACUCAAUAUAUCAACAAUAACUAUU